UUGAUUUUGAUAGUUGUCACGUACGUAGAAAUUGAAUUUUGUGUAAAAAAAUACGACUUUUAUUAAUUAAAAUUAAUUAUAGUGAUAAUGCAAAACACGCGAAAUUCAGCAUCGUCGAUGUUGGAGAUGCGAAGUUAACCAUACUACCGAGUGAUGACGUUGAGCAACGACGAUGUGAUCUUUAGAGUCAAUAGAAACAAACUUUGUCGUCUCAUUGUUUGAUUGUAAUCAUUAUCUCUGCGGAGAUAUUUUGAUAUGUCACAUUUUGUCGAUUUUAUGGACGGCGUCCCAGUGAAAAUAUCUGAAAAAUACAAGCGACCGCCCCGAAUAGAUCUGCCGUACAGCGUGCACGAAUGCCCACUACGAGCUCAAAAUGUGGUCAACAACGCUGUUUAUUGCAAUCAGUUUGAGACCAACGUGCUGUCGAAGCUUAAAGAACUACGGAGCGCUAAAGAGACCAAGAAAAACGAACGUAAACAUCGCUUACAGUUAUUAGAGGAAGCCAAACAGAAGAAAUUGGAUGCGAUCGCGGCCGCUGAGGCCGAGGAAAAACUUAAACAGCUCAGCGUCUCUGAAGUGUCUUACCCGAGUACUGACGAGAUAAGUGCAAUAUCUCCUGAUGAGAAAAAUGACAAAAACUGUGAUACUACUCCUGUGUUAGAAGAGUCUCCUGAAAUGGAGCCCGCUGUUCCCGAAGUCACCUAUCAGACAUGCAGUAACCCGGAACCAGAGCUGAAUAUCCUACAACCUAUACAGUUACAAGCUAACUACCCGCAGAACAGCUUACUAGAUGAUCCUGACCCAUUGCAAGAAUAUAAAACUAAUAAUAAGAUUAAGAAAAGACCACAAUAUAAUCACAAUGUAGAAGCCCUUACAUUUAGAGAUUUUGAAAAUGAUACUUCUAGCCCGUUUGAUAAUGUGGAGCUAAAGACAAUAAAUGACAUGGAAUUAUUAGCCCAGAUACUGCAGAGUCAGAAAGAAUCUACAACAAGCUGCAAUCCUCAACAGUAUAUAUCUGACCAAACAUUUGCAGCUCCAAGCUGCGCAUCCCAAGCUCAGACAGAGGGACUUGCUUAUCUGCCUAAUUCAUACACUGAACAACAAAUGCAAGGCCCUGGAUUAAUGUAUAUAACACCGCAGCACUAUCCGGUUUCUAAUGGUUACUAUGUACCAGCUGAUAAUGUCUGUGAUAACCAAAUGCCAAUGGAAAACAUGUACAUGCCAAAUUAUCAAUAUUAUGUUCCUACAAAUCCAUAUCCUGCUAACCCUCAGUACUAUAACAAUCCAUUACCAGUCAGUACGGACAUUAAUCAACCACAAAGUGAGUCCACAUUCAUUCCGCAACCAUAUUAUUUUCAUCAAUACCAACCAAUGCCUGCACAGAUUCCAACUGAAAAUCUAGUACAGGAUGGGAACAAAAUAAAUGAAAACCCAAGUACUCAGAUCAAAUCACGGUCUCGAAGUGUGCCGGACAUAGUUAGAGAAUUGAAUGAAGAAAUCAUGUCAGCAAGGCUUCGAGCAAAUGAAAGGUCUUCACACAAUGUAAGCCCAGCACCAACAAACAUUCCACAACCAUCUUCAAGCACUGAAAAGAAGGAAAGGAAAAGCAAAAGGAAAUCGGAACAGCUACCCAAUCCUUUGGAAAAGCUGUCUCCAAAGCUCCAGGAUAUGUGUAGGAAGAUACAUGGCAUGGGGUUCCCACUUGACAGGGUUGCUAGAGUAUGUACGCUUGUAGGUGAUAAUGAUAAAAAGGUGAUCGAGGGUCUUCUAAUAAUGGGCGAGUUGAUGGACCUUGGCUUUUCAGAAGGCCGAGUGUCCGCCGCCCUGGCGAAACACGAGUUUAACCGAGACAAGACGUUGGACGAUUUGGUGUCGUAACGGUUAAAAGGAAAACGGUAUUGAAACGAAUUAUAUGUGGAUGCCCGUAAGACGUUUUAGGUGGUUGAGCAGUAGUGACCAAAAAUAUACUAUGCUUAAUUUGGAUAUACUUUAAUUUAAUAAUUAUACUUUUUCCUAUAUGGGGUGGGAAAAUGACACGCUGUAUGACAAGGUAUGGUACACUUAAGAUUCCAUGUUGAAUCGUUUAUUGAGAAUGGAUGUUAGUAGCAGACUCUUUCGUAUCUUCAUUCUCAACAUAUCUGCCUUAAGUCAAGAGAUAGUAUAUAAACAAAAUAUGAUGCUUCCCAUAUACUUACCUAAAAACCCAGUAAGGAGAAAUGAUUCACGGUUUACUAAAACAAUCAUUGGCCACCUUUCAGUCCUAUCAAGUUUACAAUACUAUUACAUUUUCAUCUAAGUUCCAUUCAUAAAAAAUUGACCUCCAUGAAAUUGGUCAACUUCCACAGGUAUAAGAUUUGAUUAAAGACAGACCUUAAAGGAGUCUCACGCCAGAACGGUGCGGUUCCGGACGGUUCAGUUUUUUACACAUAGCAUCAUGGGAUCACCAAUCACCCAUCAUAGAAAAAGAAAAUUUUCGGAAGAGUCGGCCCGGACCUGGACCAUCCUAACGUGAGUUAACUG